CUCUCUGUCAGGUCUGGGGUUUAAUAUAGUGGGUGGAGUGGACCAGCAGUAUAUUAUGAAUGACAGUGGAAUCUAUGUGGCAAAAAUCAAAGAAAACGGAGCAGCUGCACUGGAUGGACGUCUGCAGGAGGGAGACAAAAUUCUUGCGAUAAAUGGCCAGAAGUUGGACUAUCUGUCUCACAGUGCAGCAGUGGAGCUGUUUCGGUCUGCAGGGGAAGAUGUGCAUCUUCGCGUACAGCAGUGUCCUUUCAUGCAGAACGGCCCUACCAGCUCUCGUGCCAAUGGAGAAUCUUCAUCUGCUUUUGGCACAUGGACAAUGUAUACUGUAGCUGCCCUGGCAGUAAUAACAGCAGUAGGUUUCAUUGCUUACAAACGCCUUCAGCUGCACCCACGGGGGUCCCGGGGCCCGUUUUAACCUAUCACAUGAUUACAUGACAUUUUACAGACGAAAUCUUUUUUUCUUUUUGUUUUGAACCGUUUCUGCUGAGGGCCCAAACAUUAACAGGGAGCGAAAAUGGAAACCAGUUAAUGUUAGCAGAACUUGCAAAUUUUCUUUGUUUAUACCAUGUUAUGAACACACACUUGUAGCUAUAACAGGUUUUCACAAUUCAUUUGGUGAUAAUCAUUGGCACUUAACCAGAAUACUCAGCAUGCCUGAUGACAUUGCAUGGUGGAAUAAGGGAACAGGGAUGAUGAGCACAGUGUUUGGAUCAAGAGCUGCAGAAAUCUCCAUUAUCUGAAUUAGACAGAGGGACCACAGGCAGGAGACAGAGGCCGAGGUGGAACUGUGUUUCUGGGCAGAAGACAGGCCCACAGAGGAGUGAUUUUUCUCAUCUUGUACCUCCGGAGCACUGGAAUGAGCCCGAGGUGUGCCAUUAGAUUU